CUCCACCUCCCCAACCCCCCAUGUCAGUGGUGAAGUCACUCGAAUUUGUGCUGCCCCAAGAUGCAGUCUACCUGGCCGGCUCCAAUGUGGACGGGCAGGUGAUUCUAACCCUGAACAGCACUCUGGUGGACCCCAUCGUGAAGGUGGAGCUCGUGGGAAGGGGUUACGUCGAAUGGAGCGAGGAAGUCGGGGAGUCCCGCGAUUACAGCAGGGAUGUGAUUUGCAACAACAAGGCAGACUAUGUACAUAAGACAAAGACCUUCCCGGUGGAGGAUAAUUGGUUAAGUGCAGGCAGCCACACCUUUGACUUCCAUUUCAACUUACCUCCCAGGCUUCCUUCCACCUUCACCAGCAAACUUGGCCACGUCUCCUACUUCCUGCAAGCGUCCUGCAUGGGCCGGGAACACGUCUUAGCCAAGAAGAGGACGUAUUUACUGAUUCAAGGCACGUCAGACUUCCGCAGAGAAAACUCAUCCCAGAACCCCCUGCAGGUCCAGGCUGAGAAGAGCCUCUCCUACAGCUGCUGCAGCUGGGGAUCCGUGGGCCUGAAGGUCCAGAUGGAGCGGGACAGCUUCACACCGGGAGACAGGGUCGAGUUCACCACGGAAAUCCACAACCAGACCCGCAAGUGCAUCCGGACGGUGGUGAUCGCCCUCUACGCCCACGUGCAGUUCGAGGGCUUCACACCCAGUGCCGAGCGGCGGCAGCGCCUGGACAGCUGCGAGCUCCUGCGCCAGGAGGCCCACACCCACGGGCCACCCUUCGCCGUCACCAAGAUCGUCAGCGCCUUCACGCUGCCGCCGGUGCUGUCGCUGAGCGGGACCUCAGGGGACGGCGGCCUCAUGAGCACGCACUACGAGUUGGUGGUCACUGUGCACCUGCCCUGGUCCCUGGCCAGCGUCAAGGCCAAGGUGCCCAUUGUCAUCACCAGCGCCUGCGGGGGCUCGGCCGGCAGCCCGCUGCUGGGGGGGACAGUGUCCCCUCGGAGCCGGGAUCCCCAGAGCUGA